CCUGACGCCUCUGGGUUGGCGCCUGCGCGGGGCGUUACCAUAGAGAGGCAGCUGCCUCUCUGGGCUCGGUUUACACUCUCUAUGGUCUAGCGGGGUCGAAGGCGGUAAAGGGAAUAAGGGAGACCGCACUGCGCAGGCGCAGUCGGCUUCUCGCCUUUUUUUUUUUUUUUUUUUUUUUAAUCCCCGCACCAAGCACUUAACCUCAUUGGGGUGGAGAAGGCGGCGGCUGUCCGGUCCGCGGCCGCAACUGUAGUGACUAAUAGGGCUAAUGGACUGCUGAAUUAUGAAGUAUUUCAGACUCUGUAGUAGAACACUCCGCCGCUCACUUCUUUAUCUCUUACUAGUUAUUUAAAUUGGACUUUUAAUAUCCUGCCAGCUGCUCUUCAGACACACAUGGUGCAUUGUUGCCAUUCCCCGGAUUGCAUCUUUGAAACACAGGCUCUUAGUAACCUUCAGCGAACAAAGAGGCCACCUCCCGGGCUUGGCUACCGGGAGGGAGUCAUCCUGACUGCCCUCUAGCUUUUGCUGGAUCUGGAUUUGAAUUCCACCAUGGAGCCUCGCAUGGAGGCCUGCCUGGCCCAGGUGUUGCAAAAGGAUGUGGGGAAACGACUGCAGGUUGGCCAAGAACUUAUAGACUAUUUCUCAGAUAAACAGAAGUCUGCUGACCUUGAGCAUGACCAGACCAUGUUAGAUAAGCUUGUGGAUGGACUUGCUACCUCUUGGGUGAACUCUAGCAAUUACAAGGUGGUUCUGCUGGGCAUGGACAUCCUGUCGGCCCUGGUGACCCGGCUGCAAGAUCGAUUCAAAGCGCAGAUAGGCACAGUGCUGCCAAGUCUAAUAGACAGACUGGGAGAUGCUAAAGAUUCCGUGAGGGAACAAGACCAAACUUUGCUGCUAAAGAUUAUGGAUCAAGCUGCUAAUCCCCAGUAUGUAUGGGACAGAAUGCUUGGAGGCUUCAAACACAAGAAUUUCCGCACGAGAGAAGGCAUCUGUCUCUGCCUUAUUGCAACACUCAAUGCCUCUGGAGCACAUACUCUAACACUAAGCAAGAUUGUGCCACAUAUAUGUAAUUUACUUGGAGAUCCAAAUAGCCAGGUUCGAGAUGCAGCAAUAAACAGCUUAGUGGAAAUUUACAGACAUGUAGGAGAACGUGUGAGGGCAGAUCUCAGUAAAAAAGGAUUGCCACAGUCCCGGUUGAAUGUCAUUUUUACAAAAUUUGAUGAAGUCCAAAAAUCUGGAAACAUGAUACAGUCUGCAAAUGAUAAAAACUUUGAUGAUGAAGAUUCUGUGGAUGGUAAUAGACCUUCCUCGGCCAGUUCUACGUCAUCCAAGGCUCCACCAAGUUCACGGAGAAACGUUGGAAUGGGGACCGCCCGUCGGAUUGGGUCAUCUACUCUUGGAUCCAAGUCUUCAGCUGCAAAAGAAGGUGCUGGUGCUGUUGAUGAAGAAGACUUUAUUAAAGCAUUUGAUGAUGUACCUGUGGUACAGAUUUAUUCCAGCCGAGACCUCGAGGAAUCAAUAAACAAAAUUAGGGAAAUAUUAUCUGAUGACAAGCAUGAUUGGGAGCAGAGAGUAAAUGCUCUAAAAAAGAUUAGAUCUUUACUUUUGGCUGGAGCUGCUGACUAUGAUAACUUCUUUCAACAUUUGCGUCUUUUGGAUGGAGCCUUUAAACUCUCUGCUAAGGACCUGCGGUCUCAGGUAGUGCGGGAGGCUUGUAUCACGUUGGGGCAUCUGUCAUCAGUUCUGGGGAAUAAGUUUGACCAUGGAGCUGAAGCCAUUAUGCCAACUAUCUUUAAUUUAAUUCCAAACAGUGCCAAAAUUAUGGCCACUUCUGGUGUUGUAGCUGUUAGGUUAAUCAUUCGGCACACACACAUCCCUAGGCUAAUACCUGUCAUAACAAGCAACUGUACCUCCAAAUCUGUUGCAGUUAGAAGGCGCUGUUUUGAAUUCUUAGAUUUACUCUUACAAGAAUGGCAGACACAUUCUCUGGAAAGACAUAUAUCAGUAUUAGCAGAAACAAUCAAGAAGGGAAUACAUGAUGCUGAUUCGGAAGCAAGGAUAGAAGCCAGAAAAUGUUACUGGGGUUUUCACAGUCACUUCAGCAGAGAAGCAGAGCACUUGUACCACACCUUGGAGUCCUCUUACCAGAAAGCCCUGCAGUCCCACUUGAAGAACUCGGACAGCAUAGUGUCCCUGCCUCAGUCAGACCGCUCAUCUUCUAGCUCUCAAGAGAGUCUCAACCGGCCACUCUCUGCCAAAAGAAGUCCCACUGGCAGUACCACAUCUAGAGCAUCUACAGUUAGUACCAAAUCUGUGUCAACAACUGGGUCCCUCCAGCGAUCUCGAAGUGAUAUUGAUGUGAAUGCAGCUGCCAGUGCCAAAUCCAAAGUCUCCUCCUCUUCAGGCUCUACACCCUUCAGUUCUGCAGCAGCAUUACCUCCAGGGUCCUAUGCAUCUUUAGAGUCCAGACACAUGAGGGAAGACAUGGAGUACAUAGGCCUGGAUGCAGGUCGGAUCCGCACAAGACGGCAAAGUUCCGGGAGUGCCACCAAUGUCGCCUCUACACCCUCUGACAACCGGGGCCGCAGCCGUGCUAAAGUGGUUUCACAGUCUCAGCGAUCCAGAUCUGCUAAUCCUGCUGGUGCUGGCAGCCGUUCGAGUUCCCCAGGGAAACUGCUGGGCAGUGGUUAUGGUGGACUUGCUGGCAGUUCCUCAAGAGGUCCACCUGUGACACCUUCUUCAGAAAAACGAAGCAAAAUUCCUAGGAGUCAGGGAUGUAGCCGAGAAACAAGUCCAAACCGAAUAGGAUUAGACCGGUUUGGGCUGGGUCAGCCAGGAAGAAUACCUGGGUCUGUGAAUGCCAUGCGGGUUUUGAGCACAAGUACAGAUCUGGAAGCUGCUGUUGCUGAUGCUUUGCUGUUAGGAGACACCAGGAGCAAGAAGAAGCCUGUGAGGAGGAGAUAUGAGCCAUAUGGAAUGUAUUCUGAUGACGACGCCAAUAGCGACGCCUCAAGUGUUUGCUCUGAGCGUUCAUACGGCUCAAGGAAUGGUGGCAUUCCCCAUUAUCUGCGACAGACUGAAGAUGUAGCAGAAGUUCUCAACCACUGUGCUAGUUCAAACUGGUCAGAAAGGAAAGAAGGGCUUCUUGGCCUGCAGAACUUACUCAAGAGCCAAAGAACACUGAGUCGAGUAGAGUUGAAGAGAUUAUGUGAGAUUUUCACCCGAAUGUUUGCUGACCCCCAUAGCAAGAGAGUUUUUAGUAUGUUUUUGGAGACUCUUGUGGAUUUUAUAAUAAUUCAUAAGGAUGACUUGCAAGACUGGCUUUUUGUUCUUCUCACACAACUGCUUAAGAAAAUGGGAGCAGAUUUACUGGGAUCCGUGCAGGCAAAAGUUCAGAAGGCUUUGGAUGUCACAAGGGACUCCUUUCCAUUUGAUCAACAAUUUAACAUUUUGAUGAGAUUUAUUGUGGAUCAAACUCAAACUCCAAACCUCAAGGUCAAAGUUGCAAUCCUGAAAUACAUUGAAUCUCUGGCUAGACAGAUGGAUCCAACAGAUUUUGUAAACUCAAGUGAGACAAGACUUGCUGUUUCUAGAAUCAUAACAUGGACAACAGAACCAAAGAGUUCAGACGUGAGAAAGGCUGCACAAAUUGUGCUAAUCUCUCUGUUUGAAUUGAACACUCCUGAAUUUACCAUGUUACUUGGUGCCUUGCCCAAAACAUUCCAGGAUGGUGCCACCAAACUCCUGCAUAACCACCUCAAGAACUCCAGUAACACCAGUGUGGGAUCUCCAAGCAAUACCAUUGGCAGGACACCUUCCCGACAUCCCAGCAGCAGGACCAGCCCCUUGACCUCACCUACCAACUGUUCCCAUGGGGGACUGUCUCCCAGCAUGCUGGACUAUGAUACAGAGAACCUGAACUCUGAAGAAAUCUACAGUUCUCUGCGAGGAGUUACAGAAGCCAUUGAAAAGUUUAGUUUCCGAAGUCAAGAGGAUCUGAAUGAACCAAUUAAGCGAGAUGGCAAAAAGGACUGUGAUAUUGUGUCCCGCGAUGGAGGAGCAGCCUCCCCUGCCACUGAGGGCCGGGGAAGUAGUGAAGUGGAAGGAGGCAGGACAGCUCUGGACAACAAGACCUCUCUCCUCAACACCCAGCCUCCUCGAGCCUUCCCCGGACCACGUGCUCGGGACUACAACCCCUAUCCCUACUCAGACACUAUCAACACAUAUGACAAGACAGCCCUGAAGGAGGCAGUGUUUGAUGAUGACAUGGAGCAGCUUCGUGAUGUGCCCAUCGAUCACUCUGAUCUGGUGGCUGACCUGCUGAAAGAGCUGUCUAACCACAAUGAACGGGUGGAGGAGCGGAAAGGUGCCCUGCUGGAGCUGCUCAAGAUCACACGAGAGGACAGCCUGGGCGUCUGGGAGGAGCACUUCAAGACCAUCCUGCUGCUGCUCCUGGAGACACUUGGGGACAAAGACCAUUCAAUUCGAGCACUGGCACUGAGAGUUUUACGGGAAAUUCUUAGAAACCAGCCAGCAAGAUUUAAAAACUAUGCGGAACUGACGAUCAUGAAGACGCUAGAAGCCCACAAAGACUCUCACAAGGAGGUGGUGAGGGCUGCCGAGGAGGCUGCAUCCACGCUGGCCAGCUCCAUUCACCCAGAGCAGUGCAUCAAAGUGCUCUGCCCCAUCAUCCAGACAGCUGACUACCCCAUCAACCUGGCUGCCAUCAAGAUGCAGACCAAAGUUGUGGAAAGGAUCGCCAAGGAGUCCUUGCUGCAGCUCCUUGCAGACAUUAUCCCGGGCUUGCUGCAGGGUUAUGACAACACCGAAAGCAGUGUGCGUAAGGCCAGCGUGUUUUGCUUAGUGGCGAUUUAUUCCGUAAUCGGAGAAGAUCUGAAACCUCACCUCGCACAGCUCACAGGGAGCAAGAUGAAGCUUCUAAAUUUAUAUAUAAAGAGAGCCCAGACUACCAACAGCAACAGCAGCUCCUCCUCCGAUGUGUCCACACACAGCUAGUGGCAGCGCCAUGGCAUCUGCAGACCCGAUGUGAUCGGUGGUGCCUUGGAGACCCCCCAUCCACCGCCCGGUCAGUGCGAGGAGGCCGCACGUAUUUAUUACAAUCAGUAUUUUGGUCCCUUCCAGCUUUUGUGUAGAAUCUUACUGGUAUUGAAUGUAACGGAAACAAGGCCUGUGUCACAGUCUUCAUAGAAACAGGAGUGAGAAACGAAGAGCCAUACUUACACGUCUUGUACCGCCUGCUGAGAUCACGGACCAUGUGUGUGGGGUGCAGUUCCAGGACCCCAGAGCGCUCUAGCUGUACCUGGUAGACAGUAGCUUUUUGAUUUUUCUUUUUUUGGUUAAUUACAGCUUUGGGAAUGGGACAGGUAUUCCUUUGUGUUACCCAUUCUUAGCUUAUAUGUGGCCUGAGGAGGCCACACCCCACCCCUUCCCCAGCCCAUUCACAGGAAGUGUAUUUGUUUAGCUUGUGCUUGGAGACCUUCUGAAAGUAGGAUGCUAUAAUUCAACCAGGAGCAAUCCUGAAGCUGGCCUCCUAACACACAUGGAAUUUGCUUCUUAUAGACAGGAGUGGGCGGCUUCAGUGUAGUCAGGAAUGCUCCUAGUCUCCUCUCAGCCCCCUCUGAUAUCUCCACAAAUGGAUCCCUACCCCAGACCUGCCAUUGGAAAGAAUUCUAGAUGUUUCUGUCCAGAUUCAAAUGUAAGAGUAAUAUAUAGCAUUACUUAGGAAUAGCAUUUUCAUGACACACAUAAGAAGGGUCUGUUUCCUGAGAUUGUGGGGGGUGCAGUUGUGAUGGAGGGUAGGGGGGCUGUCUCCGGACCCCAGAUAGGUUCUUUUCUCUCCCCUUAGCUUUGCUAAGCUGCCAUUGAAUGUUCUUAGUCUGGCAACAGCAACUUCACCUUCCUGGUUUUGGCUUCUAUUUAAUUUGGGAUUAAGAGCAAACUAAAGUGAAGGGAGACGAGGUAUCAAAAUCAUUAUCUUGAAUUCUGUAAGCCGAAUGACUUCCUGCAUGGUGAAGCAUGCCAAUUAAGGAAGAUAUAAUCAUGAUUUUUUAUUAGAUUCUUUUUAUUAGAUUCUGGUUCUUUUAACUUCUUGAGGGUCUGAUUGCUCCAAAGAAAGUAACUAUAGUUUUGGAGUCUGGUUAAAUGUUGAAUAAAAUUCUUAUGCAAAAUGGCAAUUCUUCAUGCAAUCAUGAAGACUUCUGUUGCCACUUACUUUUCUAAUUGAUAUCCUCUAAUUGAACUGAUUUUUUCCAUGAGAAAUAAAAAGCCCCCUACCCCCCAGACAAAGUCUUGUUCUUGGCUCAGGCUGACUUCAAACUCAGUUGCCUCAGCCUCCUGCCUGUUAGAUUGCAAGUAUGUGCCACUGUUCCUGGAAAAAGAUUUCUUUUGAUGUUACUUUUGACUAUUCCAGUGCAGACACUCAAACUGAAACUAGAGCUGGGCACCAGAUAUGUGUCUCUUACCCUAGAUCCCACCAUCCACUUUCUCUGCCCCUCCAGAUGGGCAAGGAAAGUAGAGAAGGACAGAUAACUGGGCUUGGAAAUAAACACUGAAAAUGAAGGCCCCUGACAUCCAAGUGUUGGGAUGGUGCCUUACACAUGCUUAGUGUCCUGCUGCUCAACUAGGAAACUGUAGGGGGGUGUGGUUUUAAUGGUUCGCUAUUAUUGAGGGACCUUGGCCCAGAACACAGCAAAGCAGGCCUUACUUUGCAGGAUGAAUACUAUUUAUCUGUGUUGGUAGUAGUCCAUUAAUGGGAUUUCUGUUCUACACUCUCCAAGAGUAAAAGGGGCUCUGAGUCCUGUGGCCAUCCCCCUGGUGUGUAGCAUUGUGUCCUGGCCAGGUUACUUACGAAUUCUCUCAGACCUUUCUCUGGAGCGCUCUGGUUCCCAGAAUGCCACCAUGAUCCCCAGUGUGGUUGGAAGGCUCUCCUGGAACAUUGCUUGAUGUCCUCACAGCAUUCAUAAAGGGCUAGCCUCGAAUGCCACUUUGAUCUCCUGACUAGAGAGAGAUGCUGUCACUCCUCACAUAUUUUGGCCUCGAUCUGAAACCGGCUGCCCACUGCGCCCACUGAGGAGCCUCGCCUGCCGCCAGCGUCUCACGGAGGGCAGCUGCCCGGCUACCGCCUUCCACCCAACAGCUGCCUCGCCUUGCCACCGCCUCCCACACUACAGAAUCGUUUGCCUCCCCAUCACCCACCUGCUGGGCCUUGAGACCCCCACCCCAGGGCCAGGGGACUGUCAUUCCACCUGCUUCCCUUCAGGCUGCUGCCUCUCUUCUCUGGCCACUGCUGGGCCACACUGCAGGUGUGGUGACCCUGGGGGCCCACAGCUUUCUUCAAGUGCUUUGUGUGUGCUUGGCAGGCCCCAUGCCGCCUCAUGGCUGGGUCUGUCUUUUCUAUGGCUCACCACUAGCUACCACCCACCUGUUCAGGUAAUGCAACUGGUUUUGCCUCACAAAUCUUUUUCUUUCCCUGUCACUCUUUCCUGACGAAGCAUACUAUUACACUUCAAAGGACAGCAAAGAAGAGUGUUGUAGAACCCCACCGGAACUCUGCUAACCAUGUUUGGGAACGAAAACAAAUGCUCUGAAAAAUAUCAGCCACCAGAAUAGUUUUGUUGGCACUGUGUUCACACGCAUGGUCCCCACACCCCUAAGCUGGGUGUUUUGUUUUGUUUUGUUGUUUUGUUUUGCGGGGGGGAGGAGGCUUUUUCAUGUUACAUCCAUAUCUGUAUUUAUAUCUUAUUUGUUUCACUUCCAAGUGUAUCAUGGCAAAUGUACAGAUUUUUUUUUUUUUGUUAAUAAUGUGCUAGGAUUUGCUAAAAAAGAAAACAACAAAAAAAAACUUUUGAGUUUGCCCUAGAAUAAAUGAAACUUAAUUCCG